AUGAAGCUGCUAAAGCCCAGUUGGGUGAAUCACGAUGAUAAACCGAUAUUUUCGGUGGACAUACACCCUACGGGGAAGCGAUUCGCGACUGGGGGUCAAGGCGGGGACUCCGGGCGGGUCGUGGUCUGGAACCUGAACCCAGUUCUAUUUGAAUCAGUGGAGGUGGAUCCCAAUGUCCCCAAGAUGCUUUGUCAGAUGGAUAAUCAUUUAGCUUGCGUAAACUGUGUCCGUUGGAGUAAUGGCGGCAAAUACCUGGCGUCAGGCGGAGAUGAUAGACUGGUGAUGGUUUGGGGACUCAGUGUGGCUGCUAAUGCUACCCCGGGCAAACACAAGGCUGAGACCUGGCGGUGCUUGGCUACAUUAAGAGGCCAUGCGGGUGAUGUCCUGGACUUAGCUUGGUCACCGUUAGACAAGUGGCUUGCAAGCUGUAGCGUGGACAACUCCAUCAUCAUUUGGAAUGCGGAGAAGUUUCCGGAAAUGGUGUGUGUGCUAAACGGGCAUAGUGGUCUAGUGAAAGGGGUGGCUUGGGAUCCAGUGGGAAAAUACCUGGCUUCUCAGUCUGAUGACAAAUCGUUGAGGGUGUGGAAGACAGCGGACUGGGCGCAAGAGAUUGUAAUCACUGAACCAUUUGAGGAAUGUGGAGGCACGACGCACGUGCUGCGCCUGUCGUGGUCCCCGGACGGGCAGUACGUGCUGUCGGCGCACGCCAUGAACGGCGGCGGGCCCACCGCGCAGGUCGUCGAGCGGGACGGCUGGCGCUGCGACAAGGACUUCGUCGGACAUCGGAAGGCUGUCACUUGCGCUCGGUUCAACAGCAACAUAUUCGUGAAGGAAGGCAAGAAGUGUUGCUGCGCGGCCGUGGGGUCCCGCGACCGCGCGCUGUCGAUAUGGCUGACGUCCCUCAAGCGGCCGCUCGUCGUCGUCCACGACCUCUUCAGCGACAGCGUGCUGGACCUGUCCUGGAGCUCCGACGGUUUGAACCUGUUGGCAUGCAGUUCUGAUGGAACGGUCGCCUGCAUACAGUUCACGAACAAGGAGAUUGGCACACCACUCACCAUCGAAGAAAAGAACGCUUUCUACGAGAAGAUAUACGGCAAAUGUUUGGCCAACGAAUCAGGCGCCGAUUUGUCAGCCAACUUGUUGGUCGAGUGUCCCGAGAUCUUACUCGCGAGGGAGAAACAGGAAGCUAAGAAGGAAGCUGCUAAAGAAGAUUCCAUGCCUAAGAACGAUAAGUCACAAGUGCCUAAGAGUCUGCUGAGUCCGUCAACAGUGUCUACCGUAUCAUCUUCAACCCCGCUGCGUCCGAUGGACCGGCAGAUAGAGACUCGUACGUCUGACGGCAAGCGACGAAUCACUCCGGUCUUCAUACCACUCACACAGGCUGAUGCCAAUGAGUCUCUAGGCUCCCAGCCGGGUGGCACGGAGAACUGCUUCAGUACAUCGUCACAGAGCAAGUCGCGGAUCAAGGUCGAAGUCAGGGACGAUAUCGUCAUACAUCCCAAUGUCAGCAACCACGCCAUCUCUACACAGCAGAAUAACUCCAGGACAAGUGAUAAUGGUCUAGACCAGCGCCUACGCAAGCGUGGCGCGGCGUCCCUCCCCGGGCCGCGGACUGACGAGCUGGGCUCCAAGCGCGCCUGCGUGGCCCCGCCCCCUGCCGGCGCGGCCCCGCCCCCGCCGCCCGGCCCCGCCCUCGCCGCGCCCGCCCUGGGCACUGCCGGGCCUAUUGUACGCACUGCUGGGAUGCUCCGACUGCAGGUGGUGAAUAAGGCAUGUAACACACAAUAUGGCGCGCUCUCAAGACUACAGUUACUGCCCAAUAACUCCGCUUCCAGCGACCCUGUGUGGGAAACGUAUUUAGGUUCAGCCGUGACCUGUAUAGCGUGUGACGUGCGGUGGGCGUGUGUCGCCUGCGCAGACUGCACACUGCACGCGUGGACACUGCACAGGAACACGGCGCGGAGGGCACUGCCACCCAUCGCCUUAAUGUCCCAGGCAGCUAAACUGACGUUAUCAGGCGACACCCUAGCCGUGGUGACUACGUCAGCCGAGCUCGCAAUGUGGAACCUUAGCACUGCUACCUGUGUCAUACGACCACUGUGCUUCCGGUCACUGCUCUCUCAGGGAGUGAGUGUGACAAACUGCUUUUUGCUGGACGACGGCAACCCUCACCUGUCGCUCAGUAACGGCAAGAGUUAUAUCUACAGCAAGGAGCUUUGUGCCUGGGUGGUCUGGUCUGACGCGAGCGACCCAGUGUGGCGGUGUAGCGGGGCGUCCCCCCACCGCGGCGCGCGCGUCCCGCUACAUACGCCCGCUAAGCCACAUAGACCUACUCAUACUGCCUUCGCUAACAGCUACAGCGCGGCGGCGGCCCGCAGCUGGCUGGAGGCGCAGCUGUCGUGCUGCCUGGCGCUGCGCCUGCCGCGCGACUACAGGCACUGGCUCACGGCACUCUUCGCGCAUCUCGUCAACCACGGCACAGAAGACCAGCUACGGUCAAUACUAGAUGACAUGCUGGGACCCAGCCACUGUACGUCUAACCCCAAGAAAUGGCAGUCCACGAUAUUGGGUAUAAAGAAACACGACCUUCUAGAAGAGAUGCUAGCCCUCCUGGUCCGUCAGCUCCGCUGGCAGAGGAUGUAUGCUGAGUACAACGACCAACUCACUGAGAUGAAGACCAUGGCCACUGUCGUCAAUGGACACUAG